AUGGUUGCCGCUAAGAGAGAUUUUCAUACCGCUAUUGAAUACGUAGAGUCCUUAGAGAGGAAAGACGGGUUGUCGGUCGCUGAACUGAUGGAUUCUAAUAUCAGAGGUGGUUUGACUUAUAAUGAUUUCUUGGUGCUUCCAGGGUACGUUGGGUUCCCCUCGUCUGAUGUCUCUUUGCAGACCCAAUUGACGAAGAGAAUCACUUUGAACAGUCCAUUUGUGUCCUCGCCAAUGGAUACCGUCACAGAAGCCGAGAUGGCCAUCUACAUGGCGUUGAACGGUGGUAUCGGUAUAAUUCACCACAACUGUUCCCCAGAGGAUCAGGCUGCUAUGGUGAAGAAGGUCAAGGCUUUCGAAAAUGGUUUCAUCAACUCACCUGUAGUCAUUGGUCCUGAUUUCACCGUCGGUGACGUCAAGAGAAUGCGCGAGGAAUGUGGGUUCUCUGGUUUCCCAGUCACUGAGAACGGUAAGUUCCCAGGUAAAUUGUUGGGUUUGGUCACCUCCCGUGAUAUCCAGUUCUUGGAGGAUGACUCUGUCAAAGUCACUGACAUUAUGACUAAAGACUUGGUCACAGGCUACCAAGGUAUUACUCUUUCCGAAGGUAACGCCAUCUUGAAGGAAAACAAAAAGGGUAAGUUGUUGAUUGUCGACGAUAAGUACAACUUGGUUUCCAUGUUGUCAAGAACCGAUUUGAUGAAGAACGAAAUCUACCCAUUGGCCUCCAAAUCUGCCACCACGAAGCAACUGUUGUGUGGUGCUGCUAUCGGUACCCUCCCAGCUGACAGAGAGAGAUUAAGAUUGAUGGUUGAAGCUGGUUUGGAUGUUGUCAUCAUCGACUCCUCCCAAGGUAACUCGAUCUUCCAAAUUGAAAUGCUUAAAUGGAUCAAGAAGACUUUCCCAGAGUUGGAAGUCAUUGCCGGUAACGUUGCCACCAGAGAGCAAGCUGCCAACUUGAUCUCCAAUGGCUGUGAUGGGUUGAGAAUCGGUAUGGGUUCUGGGUCCAUUUGUAUCACGCAGGAAGUCAUGGCCUGUGGGAGACCACAAGCCACUGCCGUCUACAACGUCUGCAAAUUUGCCAACGAGUUUGGCGUGCCAUGCAUGGCCGACGGUGGUGUUCAAAACAUCGGCCACAUCACCAAGGCUUUGGCUUUGGGUUCCUCCACUGUCAUGAUGGGGGGUAUGUUGGCUGGUACUACUGAGUCUCCAGGUGACUACUUCUACAGAGAUGGUAAGAGAUUGAAGUCCUACCGUGGUAUGGGUUCCAUCGAUGCCAUGCAGAAGACUGGUAAGAAGGGCAAUGCCUCCACGUCGCGUUACUUCUCUCAAUCCGACAAAGUUCUCGUUGCGCAAGGUGUCUCCGGUGCCGUCGUCGACAAAGGUUCCAUCAACAAGUUCCUUCCAUACUUGUACAAUGGUCUACAGCAUUCCUGUCAGGAUAUUGGUGUUACUUCUGUCACCGCUUUGAAAGAGGGUGCUGUCAAGGGUGAUGUUAGAUUCGAAUUCAGAACCGCGUCAGCUCAACUGGAAGGUGGUAUUAAUAACCUACAUUCUUACGAGAAGCGUUUGCACAACUGA